AUGGCAAAUAGAUCUCCUCCUUCUCCACCCCACAAUCUUGAUACGUCCAAUGUUUUGAGAAUGAUGGAGUCAGUGUUGGAAGCAAUGCAGCAACAAAAUACUGCAUUAGUUCAUCAACAUAUUGUAGCUUUGCAACAGUUGGAUGCUGUUAGGGUGUCAGUUGAGACAUCCCAGAGGAAAUAUUUGGAUUUAAUGUUAAGUGGUCGGGCUACAGCGGGUUCUUCUUCCUCCAAUCAUCCUCAAGAGUGGAGUUUGGAAAGUUUUCUUCAACAUCAUCCGGCCAAGUUUGAUGACAAGUGCAGUCCGGAUGAAGUUGACAAUUGGUUUCGAGAUAUGGAACGAAUUUACAAUGCCAAUAGGUGCUCGGAUGACAACAGGUUGGCCUAUUCCGAGUAUUUGCUGACCGAAGAAGCCAGUCAUUGGUGGACUACCAUGAGGGUGCUACUAGAAAGUAGUGUUACUCCCAUCUCAUGGGAAGUUUUCAAGAAGUUUUAUACCGAAUACUUUCCAGACAGUGUUCGGUUUGCUAAGGAAGUGGAAUUCCUACAGUUGGUUCAGGGAACCAUGUCGGUGUUUGAGUAUGCCGACCGAAAGUUUGAAAACGGACUGAGGGGCAAUAUCAAGUUGGUAGUUGCCGGUUUAUGCAUCAAGGAGUUUCCCGUUUUUGUAGAAAGAGCAAAAAUCUUGGAGAAGACUAAGAUAGAGGUUGAAGGAACGCAAAAGCAACAACCAAGAGUGGGAGGGUCUAUUUCCGCCAAGAGUGGUCUCAGUCCAAGUAGGACUCCCUAUGCUCGAUUUCCUUCUACAGGUUCUCGAGGUCAGUCUUCACAGUCCACGGUGUCGUUCGGUCAGUCAAGUUCUGGGGCAGUGAGGUGUUUUAUCUAUGGAGGUCCUCACUAUCAAGUUAUGUGUCCUCAAGGGGCUGGUUUCAGAAUGUGCAACAGGUGCCAAAGAGAACGGCACUUUGAGAGGGAUUGUCCGUUGGGAAGAAGGGCUAGUGGACAGCCACAUCAAGCGGGCAGGUUCCAAUCAAGAGGUGGUGGUGUUGGUGGAAGGGCGCAGGCUACCGGACGAGUCUACGCACUAUCAGGUACCAAGGCAGCAAAUUUAGCAGCUGGUGAGGUUAAGACGGCUACUUAUUGUGCAAAAUUUCCAAUAGUGGUUGAGGGUCGUCGGUUCAAAGUGAACCUAAUCUGCUUAGCUCUCCAAGGUUUAGAAGUAAUUUUAGGAAUGAAUUGGUUAGCUGUCAAUCACAUUCUUAUAGACUAUGGUGAGAAGAAGUUGGUGUUUCCAGAAGAAGAGCAGGAAGAGUCGUUGUAG